UAAACCCCUUUCUCUUUGAUUGGUUGGAUGAAGUUCUCACUUCCACACUCAGUCACUCUCUCUCUUACACUAAGUAAGAUCAUUCAAUCACUUUUGGUGUACUGAGAAAGUUUCCGAAAUUAGGGUUUCUAUUUUGGUAGAUCGAUUUGAGGACAUUAUUUUAUUUCUGGUGCACUGUUUGCUAACUGUCUGAUUAUGCCAUAUCAUUUAUCGCCGGCUUAAACAUCAGCAGGCAUUCCUCUGAUGGAACAUCUAAGGCCAAUUCUACUUUCCAUUCUGCUGUUUCAUAUAUUACUGGGAGAAAACAAUGCUCUCAGUCCAGAUGGUGAGGCAUUGUUAAUUUUUAAGACAGCAAUUCUUGGUUCAGAUGGUAUCCUUCUUCAAUGGAAACAAGAGGAUGCAGAUCCUUGUGGUUGGAAAGGAGUGAAAUGUGAUGCUCAUACCAAGCGGGUGAUUUACUUGAGUCUUCCGCAACACAAACUGAGUGGAUCCAUAUCACCUGAGAUCGGAAAGCUUAAUCACUUGAAAGUUCUAGCGCUUCAUAACAACAACUUAUUUGGAACAAUCCCUUCGGAGUUGGCCAAUUGCACAGAAUUGCGAGCAAUAUAUUUGCAGGGUAACUACUUGAGUGGGUCAAUUCCUUCCGACUUUGGGGACCUUCCAGAUCUUGAGUUCUUGGAUGUCUCCAGUAACUCUUUAAGUGGUUCAAUCCCUUCAUCACUUGGGAAGUUGAGCAAGCUUUCAAUAUUAAAUGUCUCAACAAACUUUCUGUCUGGGCAAAUACCACCCAACAUCAAAUUUACUGAAAAUUCCUUUGUUGGAAAUCGUGGCUUGUGUGGGACACCGAUCACUGUAACAUGCAAAGAUGAGCAUGGAGGAGCUUCUUUGGGGUCUCAGCCUAAUAUAGAUGCAGAUACUAUAAAUGGGAAAAAAAGAUCAGGGACGAGACUCCUUAUAAGCGCUUUGGCAACUGUUGGUGCUUUACUCUUGGUAGCAUUGAUGUGCUUCUGGGGCUGUUUUCUGUAUAAGAAAUUUGGCAAAAAUGAUACCAGAAGCCUUGCCAUGGAUGUUAUUGGAGGUGCAUCAAUUGUAAUGUUCCACGGAGAUUUGCCCUACUCUUCAAAAGACAUCAUCAAGAAGUUAGAGAAUUUGGGUGAGGAACAUAUUAUCGGUUCGGGUGGAUUUGGGAAAGUAUACAAGCUUGCCAUGGAUGAUGGGAGUGUAUUUGCUUUGAAAAGAAUAAUGAAAACAAAUGAAGGCUUAGAUCGGUUUUUUGAAAGGGAACUUGAAAUACUUGGUAGCAUAAAGCACCGAUAUCUGGUGAACUUGCGAGGAUAUUGCAACUCCCCUUCUUCGAAGUUGUUAAUAUAUGAUUAUCUACCAGGUGGAAGCCUAGAUGAGGCGCUUCAUGCAGAACGAUCCGAGCUACUAGAUUGGGAUGCACGUCUUAAUAUAAUUAUGGGAGCUGCGAAAGGUUUGGCAUACUUGCAUCAUGAUUGCUCCCCUCGUAUCAUACAUCGAGAUAUAAAGUCGAGCAACAUUUUACUUGAUGGUAAUAUGGAGGCUCGUGUAUCUGACUUUGGACUUGCCAAACUACUUGAGGAUGAGGAAUCCCACAUAACUACCAUCGUUGCUGGAACAUUUGGUUAUCUUGCUCCAGAGUACAUGCUAAGUGGUAGAGCAACAGAAAAAAGUGAUGUUUACAGCUUCGGGGUUCUAGUCCUUGAAAUAUUGAGUGGGAAGCGACCCACGGACGCAUCUUUCAUCGAAAAAGGGCUAAAUAUUGUUGGUUGGUUGAACUUUCUAGUUGCUGAAAAUAGGCCGAGGGAGAUUGUGGACCAACACUGUGAGGGUAUUCAGACCGAGAGUCUUGACACCCUGCUCUUGAUAUCUAUCCAGUGUGUAUCGUCCAGUCCAGAGGACAGGCCUACCAUGCAUAGGGUGGUCCAGAUACUUGAAGCUGAAAUAAAUACUCCCUGCCCAAGCGAUUUCUAUGAUUCCAGCUCUGAUUGAAGAACCCUUCAAAGCAAAAGAGAAACCAAGCUCGUUAUUCACAUGGAACAUGAUUCAGUUCAUUCAGCAGAAUGAAGAAACGUCAGCAAGCUACAGAAGGUUUCAGAAACUUUGGGCUCCAAUUAAGUUAUUCAUUCUUUUUUUCGAUCAGAAAAUGGCAAAUUUUGGGUGUUAUUCAUCCAUUUAAGGUGUCAGAGCAGGUUGCGGUCAAGAAAUUUGAGGGUGCUUUUGGUGUUUCUGUUUCACGCAGGUGCAUGUGAGAAGAGGUUCUAAAGAUGCCCCUCUUUGUUUUCGCCAUUCAAUCCCUUGAGAAAUUACAUGUAUAUGGAAUUUAUAAAUUUCUGUGUCUUCGGCAGAAGGUUCUUUGUUAUUAAUGCCAUUUUUGUAAAAUAAGUUCCGUUGAAAAUUACCAGUUCUCAUUCCUCA